CCAUUUUCAGGCGAACAGUUCGACAGUAUCAGUUGGAUAAUGAACUUGAAAGAUUAAAUAAUUCGUCGAACGUUGAAAUUACUGUGGUUCUUGAAGUGUUUCAAUUUAAGUAGAUGCAGUUAAAAUUAGUUUUUUGAAUCAAAUAGUUCGAUAGUUCCGUCUAUUUCUUUAAAAUCAUUCACAAUGCAGAAAACGGCUGUCAUCGUUGCUAUUUUUGUAUCCUAUUUAACGUUUGGACCGCCCAAUCAAUAUCUAAUUGAUAUUGAACCGAUAGCUUACAGCGCCAACCUAUUUCCAUCGUUUGAUGGUCCACUAGAACACAACACAAUACUGUCCGGUGCUGAGCAUCUACCAGUCAAAAUUCAUGGUCCCGAAUCUCUUGCCGUCUGGGACAACAAAAUAUACACCGGCACAUUUGGCGGGCUCGUGGUUCGCGUUGACGAAGACAAGGUUGUGCCAAUUGCAAAAAUCGGCAAUGGUAAAUGUGAUGCGGAUUCGAAACUUCAGGAAUGCGGUCGUCCAUUAGGCAUACGUUUCAAUUCGAAAGGAAUACUUUAUGUGAUCGACGCAUUCCAUGGGCUACAUAUGAUAGAUUCUGUAACUGCACCGAAUCCGAAAGUGACUCAGCUUCUUGCCAUCUCGGCUACUAAAAAUUUACCUGGCGGUGAAUCGGUUUUCUUCGACGAUAUAACUCUUGAUGAAGGUGCGGGCACCGAUGGCGGCGAUGUGAUUUACCUUAGCGAUGUCAGUACGAAAUGGGAUUUGUUGCAUGGUACCGUUGCUCUCAUCGAGCAUGAUAAGAGCGGACGCCUAUUGAAGUAUGACAUCAAUGCCCGCAAAGUGACCGUUGCUGGUACCGAUUUCGUUUUUCCUAAUGGUGUGCAGAUCACUGACAGCAAGGACGCUGUCAUCGUCUGUGAAUUCGGUCUUCGAAGACUCACGCGAACUUUUAUCAAAGGUCCCAAGACUGGUAAAACAGAGUUUUUUGCCGCACUUCCCGGCGAAUGCGACAAUAUAAGGCGAAGUGCGAAUCGGGAUCAGGAAACGUAUUGGGUAGCCUAUGCAUCAGUCAGAAACGCUUCCACUCCCUUGAUGGCAGAUCGUUUAGCUGACGUACCAUUGUUGAGAAAAUUUUUGGUUCGUCUUGCAUUUCUUAGUAGUACGGCCAUCGAAAAUGUUGGCAAUGUUUUUAACAUCGAGCAGCUGCAAUCGUUGGGACAUUCACUCAAACCGACAAUAGACAAAGUAUUUUUACUCUAUGCAACGAAUUACGGGAUGAUUACAGAAGUGAAUGCCAACGGUAAAAUAAUUACCGCGUAUUCUAGUCCGGAUGGCCAGACUACACAUUUAUCGGAAGUGUUGGAAGUGAAAGGUGAUAAGGGUGAACGAAUUUUAUAUAUUGGAUCGUAUUCGAAUUCCUAUCUGGCCCGUCUUGUUAUACGAAAAUAAUUUUUGAUUUCAUUAAAUGGUGUGACCUGUACUCAGUCACUGAACUCCA